AAGGAAGAGCAUCCUGCACUAUUUCUGAGUCUUGCUGAGAUUCCAUCGCGAGUCAAUUCAACUCUUGUCAACGCCCAAGGGCUGGCAUAAAAGCCUGCGCACUUGUUUCUUGCGCAUCAUCAGCUUGCCCUAAUGCCUUUUCCUGCACACGACCUGUCUGCUCCCUUCAACUUCGCUCAAGAGGAAGAAAAAGUCAUCCAAUACUGGAGAGAGAUCGAUGCUUUCAAGACCAGCUUGAAACUCUCUGAAGGCCGUCCAGAGUAUACAUUCUACGAUGGUCCUCCCUUCGCUACUGGUUUGCCUCACUAUGGUCACUUGCUUGCUGGAACGAUCAAGGACAUCGUAACGAGGCACGCGCACGUUAGUGGAUACCAUGUCACAAGACGAUUCGGUUGGGAUACCCAUGGUCUGCCUGUAGAGCAUGAGAUCGACAAGAAGCUCGGCAUUACUGGCCGGGACGACGUGAUGAAAAUGGGCAUAGACAAGUACAAUGAAGAGUGUCGAGCCAUCGUCAUGCGCUAUGCCUCCGAAUGGAGAGCAACCGUUGAACGAAUGGGUCGUUGGAUCGACUUCGAUAACGAUUAUAAGACGCUCAACCUCUCAUUCAUGGAAAGUGUUUGGUGGGCAUUUGGCGAACUGUUCAAGAAGGGCCUCGUGUAUCGAGGACUCAAAGUUAUGCCAUAUUCCACGGGUUGCUUCUCCCCAAUCUCAAACUUCGAAGCUGGUCUGAAUUACAAGGAUGUCAACGAUCCUGCAGUUACGGUCGCGUUCCCUCUCGUCGAUGACAGAACAACAUCUCUGCUUGCAUGGACAACUACGCCAUGGACCUUGCCUUCUAAUCUUGCGCUUUGUGUUCACCCCGAGUACACUUACAUCAAAAUCUACGACCAGGAACGGGAUCAAAAUUUCAUCCUUCAUGAGGGUCUCCUUAGGACACUCUACAAGGACCCGAAGAAGGCCAAGGUCAAGAAGAUUGGAACCUUCAAAGGUUCUGACAUGAAGGGUUGGAGAUAUGUUCCUCUUUUCGAGUACUUCACUGAACGGUUUGAGGACAAGGCAUUCCGCGUUGUGACUGAUUCGUACGUCACUGAUGCUGAUGGUACUGGUAUCGUCCACCAGGCCCCCGCAUUCGGUGAAGACGAUCACCGUAUUGCCAUCGCAAACGGGAUACUCACACCUGAAGAGAUGCCACCAUGCCCUAUCGAUGAUGCCGGUAGAUUCACAUCCGAAGUCCCUGACUUUGCUGGACAAUACGUCAAAGAUGCAGACAAGGGUAUCCAGAAGGCGCUGAAGGCAAAGGGUCGAUUGGUUGUUCAGUCCACUCUGAACCAUUCGUAUCCAUUCUGCUGGAGAUCGGGAACUCCCUUGAUCUACCGUGCCAUUCCAGUGUGGUUCGUUCGUGUCAGUCCUGUCGUUGACCAACUUGUCGCCAAUAACAAAGAAACAAGAUGGGUUCCUCAGAAUAUUGGUGACGGACGAUUCGGCAACUGGUUGAUCAAUGCUCGUGAUUGGAAUAUUUCGAGGAAUCGUUUCUGGGGAACUCCCAUCCCCUUGUGGGCAAGUGAGGACAUGGAGGAGAUUGUCUGUAUCGGCUCUGUGGAAGAGCUUGAGAGACUAUCAGGCGCUACUGGUAUCACUGACCUCCACCGUGACAAAAUUGACCAUAUCACCAUUCCUUCACAACAAGGUAAAGGUCAGCUGAAGCGUAUUGAAGAGGUCUUCGAUUGUUGGUUUGAGUCCGGAAGCAUGCCAUACGCUCAACAACACUAUCCUUUCGAGAAUAAAGAGCUCUUUGAGCAGACAUUCCCGGCCGACUUCGUCUCCGAGGGUAUCGACCAAACUCGUGGAUGGUUCUACACUUUGCUCGUUCUCUCUACCCACCUCUUCGGUAGGGCCCCAUGGAAGAACUUGAUCGUUACUGGCCUCGUCCUUGCCGCUGACGGUAAGAAGAUGAGCAAGAGUCUCCGCAAUUACCCCGACCCCAAUAUCAUCAUCAACACUUAUGGUGCAGACGCAACGCGAAUGUUCUUGGUCAACUCACCCAUCGUGCGUGGUGACAACCUCCGCUUCCGUGAAGAGGGUGUCCGUGAAGUCGUUUCCCGUGUCCUCUUACCAUGGCUCAAUGCCUUCCGUUUCUUCCUCGCUCAAGUUGCCCUUCAUCGGAAGACUGGCGACUUUGACUUCCGUUACAACCCUCACGCGCCUGUGUCGAAUAACGUCAUGGACAGAUGGAUCCUCGCCCGUUGCCAAUCCCUCAUCAAGCUCGUGCGAGAGGAGAUGGAUGCUUACCGCUUGUACACCAUCAUUCCACGUCUGCUUGACCUUGUGGACGAGCUCACGAACUGGUACAUCCGCUUCAACCGAGCACGACUGAAAGGUUCAGAUGGAAGGGAGGACACCAUUGAAGCUUUGAACACGCUCUUCGAGACUCUGCUCACCUUGUGUCGUACGAUGUCAUCAUACACGCCAUUUUUGACGGAGAACAUCUACCAAUCGCUUCGAGAGUUCAUUCCAGAAGAUGCUGUUGCAGGUGACACACGGUCUAUUCACUUCUUGCUCUUCCCUGAGGUCAAGGAGGAAUAUUUUGAUGCCGUCAUUGAACGUCAAGUCAGGCGUAUGCAGACAGUUAUCGAGCUCACUCGUAACAUUCGAGAACGUCACAAUCUCUCUUUGAAGACACCUCUUCGUGAGCUUCUAGUAUACCACAAAGACGAGGAGUGGCUCGAAGAUGCAAAGUCGCUUCAACGAUACAUUCAAUCAGAGUUGAAUGUUCGUGACAUCAUCUUCACUUCCGACGAGCAGCUUGCAGGUGUCCGUUACCGUGCCGUUGCCGACUGGGGCGUCUUGGGCCGCAAACUGCGAAAGGAUCUUGCUCGCGUCAAGAAUGCUCUUCCCAAUCUUUCUAGUGAUGAGGUCAAGAAUUAUAUCGAGACCGGCAAGAUCACUGUUGACGGUAUCCCACUCGUCGAGGGCGACCUGACCGUCCAACGAUACAUCGAACUGCCUGAAUCCCACGAAGGCCAGUACGCUACCCACACCGACAACGAUGUCGUUGUCCGGCUCGACAUUCAAGUUCAUCAAGAGCUGAUGGGUGAAUGGAUCACUCGAGAACUCAUCCAACGUGUGCAGAAGUUGCGUAAGAAGGCUGGGUUGCAAGCGACGGACGAUGUGCUUGUUCUCCACGAAUUCGAAAGCGGUGACGGAGAGGAACUUCUUUUCGCUAUAGAGGAGCACAAGGAGACUAUCAGGAGGAGUCUUCGUACUGUGCCUGUGGAUGCAAGCCAGAAAGAGGGGCACCAGAUUGUGAUUAUCGAAGAGGAGGUCGAGGUUGCAGAAACGAGGUUCAUGCUGUCGUUGGCAAAGCUAUGACAUUAGAUAUGUAGAAAUACAACAACAAAGAACAAAUGUAUUACAGUAUAUCAGUAGUCCGGUCUUGUAGAGUAUAAUCCAAGUGCAUUGUUCUUCAAACAUGAGACGUUUAUUUCU